CGUGUCUCGACGCGUCUCACAUCCAACCGUGUGUCGGUUGCUCGAUUGCUUCACGUGCCAUGACACCCGAGGCUCGCUCCGGAUGGGGCGGCAGGCGAAAAUGUGAUGUCAUGUUCGCGUUGGCAGAUUGACGCAUGGGAAAGAGCGACAGGCAGCUCGUCUCUCUCAACAAAUGUCGAAACCCACAAUGUCCCCAUAGCACACGCCCGCCCCCGACCCCUCCUACCACGCCGACCUCUACCUACCUCGACCCCGACCCCGCCCCGCCGCCGCCAGCCAUGUCGCUGAACCCAGAGCCGUCUGCGCCGGACGAGCGCGCUGCCCACGACCUGGCACCCAAGUCGUACGCCGACGCGGCCGAAGACGCGCUCGCGCCAGAGUCACAUGUCGAACACACGGACGGCGCGCACGACAGCACCAAGCACAAAUUCAACGAGAGCAGGAGCAAUGGCGCCGACUACAUGUCGGACACGGACGACCGAGAGUCGCUCGAGGGCAUGGGCCUGGACGCCUCGCCGAGGAGCCCCAGUCGAGGCCACCGCCGCAAGAUGUCGCGCAGCUCCGUGGGCUCCGUCGGCCGCAAGCAAGGCGCGCUGCUGGACCGCGACGUGUACGAGCGCCACACCAACGGCCACGGCGACGCGCUGACGAGCCUGGCGCCGCCCGCCGACGUGCUGAAGGUGGCGCGCAUCGACGGCGUCCAGCGCCGCAACUCGCAGCUCAAGUCGGGGCGGCAGGCGGGCGCCGGCUGGCACACGAGCAAGAUCCGCUUCGCGCCCAUGAACGUGCCCCUCCAGCGCCGCCUGCAGACGCUCGCCGUGCUGAUGCACACGCUCAGCAUCGCCGGCGGCCUCGCCAUCUUCUUCUUCCUGUGCAGCAUCCCGCUGCUGUGGCCCAUCCUGCUGCCCUACACCGUCUACUGCCUCUUCUCCAACGCCGGGCAGUCGGGCGAGCUGUCGUUCCGCAGCGAGCGCAUCCGCCGCCUGCCCGUGUGGUCGCUCUUCGCCUCGUACUUCCCCGCGCGCCUGCACCGCUCGCAGGAGCUGGAGCCCACGCGCAAGUACAUCUUCGGCUACCACCCCCACGGCAUCAUCUCCCACGGCGCCUUUGCCGCCUUUGCCACCGAGGCCCUGGGCUUCUCUCAGCUCUUCCCGGGCAUCACAAACGCCCUGCUGACGCUCGACUCCAACUUUCGCUACCCCAUCUACCGCGAGUACGCCCUGCGCCUGGGCAUGGCCUCGGUCUCGCGCGAGUCGUGCGAGAACAUCCUGUCCAAGGGCGGCCACAACGGCGAGGGCAUGGGCCGCGCCAUCACCAUUGUCGUCGGCGGCGCUCGCGAGUCCCUCGACGCACGCCCCGGCAGGAUCCGCCUCGUCCUGCGCCGCCGCAAGGGCUUCGUCAAGAUGGCCAUCCGCACCGGCGCCGACCUCGUCCCCGUCCUCGCAUUCGGCGAAAACGACGUCUACGACCAGCUCGACACCGAGUCGCACCCCUACAUCCACAAGUUCCAGAUGCUCGUCAAGAAAUUCAUGGGCUUCACCAUCCCCAUCUUCCACGCCAGAGGCAUCUUUAACUACGAUGUCGGCAUGAUGCCCUAUCGCAGGCCCAUGAACAUUGUUGUUGGACGACCCAUCAGAGUCGUCCAGAAUAGACAUCCCGAUAUGGAAUACAUGGACGAGGUCCAUGAAAAGUACGUCACCGAGUUGAUGCGCCUCUGGAAUGACCACAAGGAUAUGUUUGCCAAGCAUAGGGUGGCUGAGUUGGAGAUUGUCGAGUAGACUUGGAUACUAGUCAUGUAUUCCUUUUAUUUGUCUGGUUGUUUUGGGUUUGUUUUAGCGAGUUUGGGUACGGAUAGAUAUUUUGUUACUAGGAAAAGUUGUACAAUGCCAUUCUUAACUUGUCCAUGAAUGGUACUUUGCUACUCUUGCACAUUCUAUCAUUUCCCGUUGGGCAGAAAGUGAGAGAGAAAAGGAGAGAAAUUGUAAGAGUGUGUAUAAGAGAGUGUGUAUAAGAGAGUGUGUAUAAGAGAGUGUGUAUAAGAGAGUGUGUAUAAGAGA